CACCCAUGCUCAGCAGAUCUGGUUCUUCCAAACAGCCCUUGUGUCCACGAGAGAUCUUGGGGCGCUUGGCGGAGAGGAAUCCUCUAAAGGGGGACCAGAAACCGAGAGGGUAAAUCCAAUAGUCCAUUCUAACCUUGUUGUGUGUCGUUGGAGUUUUGGGUUUGGGGGUUGUCGUUUUGUCUGGAUUUCCACUCCCUUUCCAUCCUCUCUCUUUUUCUUUGGUGAAGCUACCCACCGUGUUGCUUUAAUUCCCUCCCCACCCACUUCUCCUUAGUUCCUGGCGGAGGCCGCUACUAGACCUCGAAUGUAGAUGGUAGUUAAGAAAGAAGCGCGUUAUGAAACAGCCGUGUUGGGCCCGCUUUCUGUUGGGUCUGAGAUAGGAGAGAGUGACUCCUCUCAACUUCCUCCUUUCGUUGUCGUUGUCGAAGAGGUGGUCCUGUGCAUUCGGUAGCUACCUUUACGCACGCCAGUAUAGAGAGAUAUAUCUGGCUUCCAUUGCCCUUUUUUUUGGGGGGGGGUUGUUUUUAAAAAGAAGCAGCACGGGACACUGUCUUGCUCAUGUGAACAAAUGGUUCCUAGUAAGGUUGAAGUUGCCUUUUCCGCGUGCGUUAUGAGCAGUGCCAUCUCUGAAGGUCCAUAGUCGGGUCCCUGCUGGUGUCAAGUGAAAUCGACUAAUAGCUGAGAGUGUGGUCCGACCCACCGUUAUGUGCUCCCCUCCUGCCCCUACAUUUCAAAGAAAAAAAACCCUGUUCGUUCUCUUUUUCUCCGCUAUAAUGAGAAUAAUUUUUUUAAAAAAACCCCAAAACAGGAGCAACGUCCCCGGCGGGCUUACCCAGGUUUUGUUAUUUUAAGGGGAAAACUCAACAUGUCAGCCUGGGGGGAGGAAAAAAUAUGUAUGUAAAUCUAUGCCAUUUGAAUAAGUGGGAGUUAAAAGGUGUUGCUUUUAAAACUCUGUCUGGAACAUAUCCUGUAUUUUAAAAAUGCGCUAUAUUGUAAAGCACAUCCUGAUCCGACUUAUAGUGGAUAACAGAUCCACUGUAGUGCAAAGUUCUAAUGAACUUUGGGGAGGCGAAGCGAACUAGCAUAGCGACUUAGAGUUCCAGUCGAAACGAAACUUCCCACUCCAAAACUUGAACUUAAUUAAGGAUGGGUGACUGGUACUGGAAAAAGGAGGACAAAUCUUUUAAAAGGUGCCUCCUGAACUUCCACCCUAUAUUCACACACACACACAAAGGAACGGGAGAAAUAAUCUAAUUAGCCACCAAGCUGCCCAUUCUUCAUUAUCAUUAUUAUUCUUAUAAUUAUUACUAUUUUUCCGAGAAGGGUUUGGUGGAGGUCCUCGCCUCUGCUUUUAUAUUGCGCGACCUAGCUAGGCUGUUUACAAAACCUUGAACUGUCUAGACAACACCAUAAAAGCUCAGGGUCUAAACAGCUUAAUUGGGUUAUAUUGUACACCUUCUGGUGGCAGAAAAAGAGAUUUCCGCAACGAGCAAUAAAGGAGACGAGUGAGAAAAGAAUUUGGCUUUAAAAAAGAAGGAGAGCAGGGCGGGGGAGGGAGAAGCGGUGGGUCCAUUUUGCAUCAAUUAAAGGCCAAACUGGACGGAUAAAACGAGAGCGAAACAUAUAAAACAAACGUUAAGCGUCGAGGCUUCAGGUGGGCAUGGCCAAAAAUUAAAACUUGAAACUCUUAAGCAAGGAAAACAGUAAGUGUCUGCCUUUGAACUUCCAAAAUGUCAAGGUCAUCACCUUUAACCUUUCUGAAUAAUUAGGAGCCUUAAAGGUUCCUCUCUUAUUUUCAACCACCACCCACUCUCUCUGUGUGCCUCUUCCCCCCAUUUCUUACUUCCUCCCCCCCCCUGGCUUUUCUCUCUCUCUCGCACACCCACCCACCACACACACACACACACACACACACACACACACACAAACACACUUCUUACUGCAUAGCUAUCCACACCCGCGAAUCCACCACGUAGGUCUUGGGAGCGCUUCGACUUCCACCAGGAAAUAGUUCAUUUCAUCAGUUCUUACCAGGGGCAUUUGCAGAAUUCUCCAGACUAACUCCAUUGCAGUUUCUCCAGACUAACAGCUUAUUUGCUGUGAAACCUCUUCUAAUUCCUCCUGAAACCAUAUUUAGAAUUCUGUCCCUAGCCGCCCUCCCGCCCCGCAAGGCAUAAGCCACCAUUACUUCUUUUACUGUUUGGUAGUGAUAUACAUACAGAAAUCAGGUCAAUACGAUUUUUUUUAAAAAAACAUCCCAAUAGAUAAAUAAAUAAAGUCAAAAGCAACAGUUGCAAAUCAGUGCCACUAAAAUAAAUGAGAAUUCGUUCAUGGAAUUCAAUGUGACGCAGAUUAUCCGAAAAAGAACUGACUUGUGAUUUGGAGCCCAUAGGACGUCCAAAUAAUUCAACUUAUAGUCUCAAGGCGCCUGAAAAAAAAUAUCCUCUUAACGUUAUAGGAAAAUAUUGUGUGCUUUCCUGAUGCCUUAAACUGUUUUAUUAAAAAGGGGGUGACUUUCCUUAUCAUUUACUCUUCAGUCAGGAAUGUACCAAAACGGCGAAUCAAUUCAAAUUCACCAACAACAGUUGUCCUAAGACAACUCCGUUGGGUUUUUUCUUCGAAAAAAGCUUUCAUAUAUAGGAAUAGAAAUAUAAAAGCUUUUUUUCCGAAGAAAAAACCCAACAGAAUAAUGUCUCAGAAAUGCAAGAAGAAAGCAUGCAGUGUUUUUUUCAAAUAAAAAAUUCCCUGCAUGCCGGACUGCUAAAUUCCACAAGAGGGCGCGCUAAUAUUCCAGAAUGUCUAAUUGUCCUGAUGUUCAAGUGUACUUCCACCCCCCGUCCCCAAUCACCCUGCUACUAAUAAAAUAUCUAAUAUAUAAGCAACUAUAAGUUUUCAGGGCUUGGGAAAUGAGAAAAUAGAGCAUAAACAGGAUUUAUUAAACAAGUAGCUCAUGACCAUGACACGAACAAGACGUAUUUCAUUUAAAAAAAUUAUUUUGGGUCAUAAUCUUUUACAAUAUGAUGCAUAAGAAAAAUUUUUAAACUAGUAAUUUUUUAGGACGGGGUAGUUUAUCUCCUGGAUUUCCUCAACAGAACGAAAUUCUAAUUGUUUCUCUUUCAGCGCAAUCAUAGCGCCCCAAGAAUACCAAUGUGAUCAAAGCCAGUUUAUAUUUAGGUCGAGAUUUUUUCAUGAGAAGACCAACGCAGGCAGAUCGUUCAAUGUUAAAAAGAAUGUGUACUUUUAAUCAGUGGGAAAAUGGGCUGCUGAGUAUUCAUCUUUUUUGGGGGGGUGCCUUUUCUCUAGAGAUAGCUUUAUUUACCAGAGAAGAGUCGGGCAUUUUGCGUCUGGUGGAUAUCAUUUCGUCACCUUGACCCGAUAUUGUGAAACUAAUUUUCAUUCUCCACAGAAAGGAUACAAACGGAAAGAGAAUUAUGUAUUCCAAGGACCCCUAAAAUGUUUAAAACAAAAACGGAACCCCUUCCACAAAAAAGGGCAUCUGAUUUGGGAGAUCUUAGUUGUCUCCGAAAACGCACUUUUAGGUAAAAACACCAAAGAUCAGAGUUGGUUUCCUCCGCCUUUCUCCUUCUGCAUAAUAUGGAUUCGAAAUUUGGCAUUGUGUAAUCCAAUAAACUAGACACAUUCAAAGUCAUCCCUACCAAAUGAAUGUUGGGCGCAUUGUUUUCCAGUGGAUUUUUAAAAUAUUUUUUUUUUAUAAAAAGGAGUUCAUUGUUACGCCAGUUACCUAGAAUAGCCUUUCCGCCUGAAAUAAACGGAAGUGUUCUGAAAUAAAAUGAAAUGUUUUUUUUUAAAAAAAAAACCACACCAUUAUGUUGAAACACAAAUGAAAUUGGUAUUUGCCAUUUAAGAUCCAUAAUAAACGGGAUGGUGUAAGAUGAAUCUAUUUUGGGAAAGAAUAAUGUAGAAAAGGUUAAUGUUUGGUGUGGGGCUUUCGCCCGACUGUUAAAUUAACGCACGCCUUGUCAGACACCGCAUGAAGACUAAACUACACGGUUAGAAUUCUCCCUCACCCCUCCCCUCCCCUCCCAUUUAUAUUAAGACCUUGUUUUGAAAAUUAAAAAAAUGUAACAUUGUGGUUGGGGCUAUAUGCGUAUUAUAUAUACUCUGCUCAUUAAAUUAGUUGGAUAUUUAAAAUCUCGCCUUUGUUCUUUGUGGAACCUUCACGCACGUGUGAUGGACCUGGGGAGGUGUGGGGAUGGGAGUUCAUUUUGGUUAUGAUUUUCAGCAAUUUCCCAAAGCCUUUUUGAUCUGAGAGUGUUAAGAUGGCGCAGAAAACGUUGGCAAUUUAAAAUACAAAAGUCUCUCUGUCUAUCUAUCUGUCUGUCUGUCUGUCUGUCUGUCUAUCUAUCCCUCCAUCCAAGGUUGCCAAAUCUGCUAAAGCUUAUGCCGCAUUGAUACUUCCAUGUUUUAAAUAACUGUAACUUAAGACUACGGCCAAUGCUAUUGUAUACAGUACUAAGUCUCUCCGGAGCUUCUAAUUAAUUGAGAGAGUAGAGGAUGUAUGCUGUAAAGACAUUAACCUGGCCAGACCCUUCUAGUAAAGGCUGCGAGCGUCUGAAAUUGAACUCGUGCUUUUGUGUACAAAAGGCUUAUGAUAAACAAUGGACAAAACGGGAAUCCUCUUCAGGGGAGAUUCGUUUAUGACGUGUAUCAGUUGGUACAUCUAUAGAUAUCUAUAGACCUAGAUAUCUAUAUAGCUAUAGAGAUGCAUAUAAUAUCUGCAGAGCAAAAAUAAGGGAGGGCGUGGUGUUGACUUUUCCCUCAUAUCUCAUGUAGUAUGGUUAAUAUUAGUUAAUUAUGUUCUGUGCAUUACCAAGAGCGAUGCUCUCAUCACACAUCUCCCUCGUCUUUUUAAUCCAAAUAUUUGGGACGUUGUCUCUGCUCCGCAUAACAACGUGAGGCUCAGAAAGCAGAAUCAUUUAAUUGCUGUGUUAUGAUGGGACGAAAAGCCACGAUAUUGUAUGGCACUAAUUUCCUUUCUUAAUUAAAAGGAAUACCUUUCAGCGCCUCUGCUCUGCAGUGGUGUGGAAUGAAAUAAACUGAAUCAAUGUGUAAACGCCUCCAGAUUAAAUAAUACUUAGAUGAAAGGAGGAAGGGAACAUUUAGAUAGGCUUCCAGGGAGCCCGUCUGAAUGCCAAUCUUUUGAACAAUAUUUGUCAGUCCAGUUCAGAGUCCACAGCUGCAAAAUAUCUGCCCCCCACUUUUGGGUAGGCUCCUUCCCCUCCCCCAUCCCUUUAAUAAUGAGAAGAGAAUAAAACAAAUUGCAGUUAGAAGAGGAAAAGGUAGGAGGAAUAUCUUUGAAUACAUCCCUACAUACAUUCCAAAACAAAGCCCAAAAAGGGCAUCAAACGGCCAGCCACAAAAUGUCGAAUAAAUCUGAAGGAUUAAAAUUAAAGUUUAAAGUAUCGACUUUUCCUCUCGGGUUUUAUUUUCUAUUAUUUAUUAAGACAGAAAAGGGGGAUGUCAACAUAUAUUUUACUGCAAAUAGUAAUCGAGUUAUAAAUGGAGCUUUUUUCGGGGGGUUUUGAAGAAAAAAUAUGGGACAGUAAAAGAGGAAAACCUUUGCAUUAAUGUAGAUUGUAUAUCUCAUUUAUGGCACAAUAUUGAUUUAUUUAUUAAUGUUAAUUACUACAAUUCCAUCUUAAUAUGAUUUAAAACUGAAGUGGCGUUAAACACACAAGGUCUGAGUAACCCAUUUCCCAAUGAGAUGUUUAUUCAACCUUUAGAUGUGUCACACAAAUUUUAAGGUUUUCGGUUUUCAGUGCCAUUCCCCACCCCACCCCACACACUUUAAUAUAUUUGCCCAAGCCUGCUCAAAUUCUGUCCCCACCCUUACUCUUCUUUAUUAAAAGUAGUAAUUGGUGAUGAUCAAUGGAUUGCUUCAGAACUGGAGAGCCUUAACGGUACACAUGGUUUAUCUAACAAAAUAAUUGGAGGUCAUUAGAUGGCGGCAUUAGUAUCUUGCGCCUCAAAUCUAGCGAAAUGUCCUAACUCUAAAGGGAAGACUCGGAGUCAGUUCAUUAAACAACACACACCCCUGAGAUGGAAAACAGGGGGGAAAGUCUGGCUUACUUUAAUGUUACAACUGGGCAACAUAUAGCCAAACUAAAAUAAAAUAAAGAGGAUGUGGCCAUUGGGAGAUUUCUAGGGCACUUCUUAAAGUGUAAAUAAGAAUUACGGAAGGCCGUUUGAAGGGGAAUUGUUAUUAUUAUUUUUUAAAAAACUGAUUAGAUUUCACAGUCAAGUCUUAAAAUGCAGACCAGAAAAUAGUAUUGGGUUGCUUUAAACUCGGUGGGUUGUCUGGCGUCUUGUUUUGAGGGGAGAGGGAAAGGGGGGGGAGGAAGGGAAAUUGCUGGAAAGCACAUAAAAAGCCGGCCCCCAAAGAGGGAGCAUCGUGACCUCCACUUUUGUUUGUUCCCCAGCUCAGACAAAAUCUUAGCAAUGGCUCUGAUAAUGAUCUCAAAUUGGAGAAAAGGAGGAGGUGUGUGUGUGGGGGGGGAAACAAAAAUCCUCUCUCCUACACUGGGACCACCACCACUUCCUUGCGGUGCUGUGUCCCUUAUUUCUAAGCCCCUAUCCAGGACAAGGGCAUGGCUUAUGGACCCGCAAUUUAAAGGGGUCCAUGAAGAAAGAGAGAAAAUGUUUAUCUGGGGUGGUGAUGGUGGAAUGUAGCUUAUUUUACGAAGGUAAGCUGGAGAUUCUCCGACAAACACAGAAGCCAUAGAGAGAGAGAGAGCGAGACAGAGGGAGAGAAGAGAGGCGGCUGGAGCCAUAAAACCCACCGGCUCUUAACCUGACAAUGAUGUUGUAUUUGAACAGCUGCGAUAAGCUUUUUCAAAAAGGGUCUGUCUCAUUGCCACAGCGAGAUUUCAAACUGGGGUAAGGGGGUUGUUUUCGGCAAAUGGAUAGGGGAGGAAGAAGAAGAAGAAGAGGGGGGGAAAGUGAAGCAACCCCCCCCAAAGUGCCAAAGACAUAAGGGUGAAAAAACCAGGACGGAAAAUUAAGCUUCUUGCAGUCAUUGGAGAGGCCGUGGGUGCCAUUUCAAAGGGUCUGUUUUGGUUUCCCCGAGGUUCUUAUUUCAAAGGAGAGAAGGAAGGUUUGCUGAUAGGGAUGAGCUCAAGGCCUGGAAUAAAUAGAUGGACUCAAGGCAACAUUUAACCUCAAGUAGAUGGUUCCUGUGUGGCGUGCGGCGUGUGACAUUUUAUGAAUAAAGAGACACUUUUGGAGUAAAAACACACUGCCAAACAAGCGGGGAGGAGAGGGAAAAUAUGAAUGUUUUUAAAGUCUCGAAGGUGAGAGGGGGGGAGAACAGUCCUUAAUUUCAAGGAUAUGUGUCCCCUUGUGUUUCAAGAAAAGGGAGUGAUGCGGGUAUAAAUAUAAGGAAAAGAAAGGAUGAACAUCGAAAUGGGGAAAUCUAUUUUGAAAGAAGCGUCCAAAUUUCUCCAUAGGCAGAGUUGCCCACGAUUCCUGUGGUCAAGAACUAGGGAGGGGUGGACUCAGGUGUUUAUUAUCGCCCUUUUUAAUAGAUAUGAAGUUGGGUAAUGAAAUAAUGUAAGAAGCCAGCAGAUUCCGUUGUGGGAUGCGGGCUACCGCGUUGUGAGUGCAUAUGUGGGGGGUUUUUUUGUGUGUGCGAAGUUCAGCAACAUCGUCUACGAAAACUUUACCUUUUCUCUGGAGCCAUUUUCGUGGGCAAAGAGAAUUUCCUCACAUAUGUACUAUGAGAAAGGACCCUCAUCUUAUUUAUUAAUUAUUUUAUUUUAGGAAUCUGCUGGAGCUAUAAAACCAAACUUAUGACCAAAAUUUUUUUUCUAGCUUUUAAUAUUUGACGAUUUGUAUUAAAACAAAAAUUGACCUUCUUGGUUAGCAGCGAAGAGGAAAAAUCAAUAGUAUAAUUUUCAAUAAUUCAUAACGCGAACACCAUUAUGCUAAAUCUUAACUAUUAAUCUUAUCCUUUACAAAGUCUCGAUUGAUUUGUUAAUAAAAUAUCUUCCCGUGUGUGGCAACAGAGGGUAUAACUCUUGAAAAAGCUUCAGAAGCAAGAAAAUUACCAAGUGGCUCAAGAAUGUAGAUGAGAAUUUUAUUGAUCGCUCUGAUUCUUCUUAAUCUGUAUUAAUAAAUUCCACAACCUUUUGUACCUUGCACUUGUCAGGAACCAAUGCUUUUACAAAAUCCAUAAAAGGUAACAUUAUUUCCACCGCUUCCGCCACCCCUUUGUAUCUUCCCCAAAUUAUGACACGUUGGGAGAUCGCCUACACUUCAGACAUAGUCAGCUGUCCACUCUCAAAAAACAAACAACACACACACAACUUUUUUGGGACCUUUAUUAUAUGUUGUGGCUUUUGUUUUAGAAAGUGUUUGACUAUGAAGUGAAAGGAGGAAGUAGUGGAGAAGAGAAGGAUGUGUUGUCCAGGGCUGAGACUUAGGGACGUCUCUUCUGAGGACGUCAGUUGCCGCCAAUUCAUGUAACUUGAAGGAGAUGUUGGGCAACCAUGAGGACUGGAGAUGGGGGAAACCACUUUUAUCAAUAUUAUCAUCACCAUUACUAUUCACAGGUGGGGAGAAUGAGAAGGAGACCCACAUAUUUCGCCUUGUAGGAUUGCAUGCGUCUCCCCUUCCCACUCCCUCCAUCUCUCUGUGUGUCUGCGCGCGCCUCUGCGUCCAUCUCCCCCCCCCUUGCCUCUGUUUAAGCCAGCCAGGGAUUUUCCUGAAGUACCUGUCUCAUAUAUAUGUAUAUAUAUAUUGAUCAGGAUCAGCCUGAAUUCGGACAGUAACUCCUUUGUGGUGUUAAAAAACACAAAAAAACCACACAAAACAAAACAGCAACAACCCAGCAGCAACAACGAAAGAGUUGCGAGAUGGGGGGGUAAUGGGGGGGUCAGAUCAGUUCAACGCAUUUCCUUGUUUUAAAUCAGCGCAGUGCGCCAGGGCUGCCUUUGCAAAAGGACCAAAAAAAAAAAAAAAGCAGGGAAAAAGGUUGCUACUAAUAUUGCUGCCGCCGCUGGAGCUCCCUGGCUUGGAGGAGCGCGCGCACUUUCUCCUCGACGUUCUAGAUGUCGCUGUUGACCACCUUUGCGCCGCAGCCCGGAGUGUCCCGCGGAGCACGUGACCGGCGGGGAGGUAGCGGCUGAAGGCCAUUUUCAAAUCUCAUUGGCUUAGCUGUCAUGUGGUUGUGCAGAGGCAUCCACAAUUACACAGGGAAUGUUUUCGUAGAGAUGUCAGCCUACAAAGGACACAAUCUCUCUUCUUCAAAUUCCUCCCCAAAAUGUCCUUUCCCAACAGCUCUCCUGCCGCCAACACUUUCCUAGUCGAUUCCUUGAUCAGUGCCUGCAGGAGCGAUAGUUUCUAUUCCAACAGCGCCAGUAUGUACAUGCCACCUAGCACAGACAUUGGGACUUAUGGGAUGCAAACCUGUGGACUUCUACCGUCUCUGGCCAAGAGAGAAGUCAACCAUCAAAAUAUGGGUAUGAAUGUACACCCUUAUAUACCUCAAGUAGACAACUGGACUGAUCCGAACAGGUCCUGCCGAAUAGAGCAACCUGUUACUCAGCAGGUCCCCACCUGCUCCUUCACGACAAAUAUUAAGGAAGAAACCAAUUGCUGCAUGUAUUCUGAUAAGCGCUCCAAGCUGGUGUCUUCGUCCGACGUCCCUUCAUACCAGAGGCUGGUCUCUGACUCGUGCUCCAUUGAAAACCCCGAGGUCCCCGUCCCAGGAUAUUUCAGGCUGAGCCAGACCUACGCCACUGGGAAAACCCAAGAGUACCAUAACAGCCCCGAAACGAGUUCAACUGUCAUGUUGCAGUUAAACCCUCGCGGCGCUUCCAAACCGCAGAUAGCUUCGCAACUUCCGAUGGAGAAGAAAAUGAAUGAAAACCCCAACAGCGGCAGCGCCGCCGCCGCCGCCGCCAACACCACCAGCAGCACCAGCAGCCACCAUUCAGACAACUCUGCCAAAGUCUCUCAAGUGGAAAGUCCCGAGUCUAAGUCCACGCUGCAAGACGACAGGAGCUGCCUAGCUGAAGCCUCCGUUUCCAGCCCAGAAACCCAAGAGAAAGAAAGCAAAGAGGAAAUCAAGUCCGAUACUCCAACCAGCAAUUGGUUAACUGCAAAGAGUGGCAGAAAGAAGAGGUGUCCCUAUACUAAACAUCAAACACUGGAAUUAGAGAAAGAGUUCUUGUUCAAUAUGUAUCUCACUCGAGAGCGCCGCCUAGAGAUCAGUAAGAGCGUAAACCUCACUGACAGGCAGGUCAAGAUAUGGUUUCAAAACCGCAGAAUGAAGCUCAAGAAGAUGAGCAGAGAGAACCGGAUCCGAGAACUGACCGCCAAUCUGACCUUCUCAUAAACCGGUUCAACUGGGGGCUUGAAAGGAUUGAGACCUGGGCUCAGUUACCACCAGUUGGUAUAUAUAAAUAUAUAUAUAUAUAAUAAAUAUAUAUAUGUAGGAAAGACUUUGGGGGGAACAGAGACAGAGAGAGGGGGGACGACAAAAGUAGACCCCCUUCAUUUUCCAUUUUUUUAAUUUCUGAUAGAAUGUGACCUUUUGUCAUUCUUUUUAGUGCUGCAAGUGUUUAUGUAUGUUCCUACGACGAGUAUAUAUAUGUAUAUAUAUAUAUGUAUGUGUGUGUAUAUAUAUAUAUAUAUACAUAUAUAUAUAGCCUAGCACGUGUAAUUUAUUAUUAUUUUUCUCAUCGUAAUGCAGGGUAAACACUGAUUCAAUAUGAUCAUUUGGUCUUAACUUAUUGGAGCUGUUGGACAUCCAGAUAAUGUGACUUUUUCCAUGUUUUUUUUUAAACUCACCACGUGGUAUUUAUGGGGGGGGCGGCUGUUACACGGGCCAUGCCAUUUUGAGUAGAUGACAAUACUUUUAAUAAUUAUUUAAAAGAAAGAAAAAUAAGCAUUUUUUCUUCCUUGAGAGGUGGGGGGGGGAGGCAAAGCGAGUGAGAGUGCGAGAGCGAGAGUGAGAGGAAAAGGAAUUUUAAAAAGCACAUUUUAAGAUGUAACACUCCCCUUUCUCCCGUGUGCGUCAAACUUGUCCUUCGUGCGUGCAAUGGAAUCCUUCAUUCUUCCUCAACUGUAGACAUUUUUUCUCUCUCUUCCCCUUGUGGUGCAUACGUGGAAUCGUAGUGGUAUAACAAGCAAUAUGUCUUCUUCUUCUUUUUCCUACGCCUUCUUCUUUGUGCAUGUCCUAUUCGCAUGUAUAAUGCAAUAAACUCUGUAAAGUUCA